ACAAAAAAAAUAAAAAUGGAAAAUGGCGUCGGCAUGCGAUUUUCCCAACUAGAAAAUAAAUGAGUUUGAAAGAAAAGGGCUGGAAUUUGGUUUCCAUCUGGAGCGGAGCGAUCAGCAAAGAAGAGGAGGGCAGCGCAGGGCAGGAGGUAAAGCUAAAAAUGGGUGCGAUGGGUGUAUGCAUGGGAAUGGUGAGGGCGAGGGCGAGGUCGACGGUGAAAAUGUUGCGAGGGGGAGGGGGAGCAGGAGGGCGAUGGGGUCCAGGUGACCAGGAGAGAGCCCCCGGGUAUCUGUUCAACCGCACUCCUCUUCCGCCGGGACAGAAGCGCAAGUGGGAGGAUUGGGAGGCGCCCUACUACAUCACUGGAGUCCUCGCCGUUCUCAUCCUCGGUGUCGGUCUCAAUGCCAAGCCUGAUACCACAAUUGAAACCUGGGCUCACAAAAAGGCUCUCGAGCGCCUUCAACAACAACAACAGGACAAGGAACAAGAGCUUCCCCUCGCUAAUGCUGAGUAACUACCCACACUUUCUCCUAUCGCCAAAUCAUAUUAUUGCGGAACUCAAAUAAGGCUGCAUUUUCAUUCCACUUUGACAACAAUUAUUUUGGGAUUUAAUUUCCAAACAGUUCGUUUUAUGCUGUCAUUCACAAUUAAGUAACCCAUUUCAGUAUUUGGCUGGUAAUUUUAUUAUUGCUAGGCAGAUAUGUUUAAAGGCCGCUGUUUUCUGUAGCAUUCCCAUCAACCAAUGCGCUGCCAUGUGGUCAAAAUCUGUUAGACAAUGGAAAGUGCAGGAUAACAUUGGCUGUCA